UACUAGCGGGAGGGAGACCGCGGAGUAAACACAUACUAAUAGCCCAGCCCAUCAAUUAGCGGUACCACACGAGCGCAGUUCGCCGAGGGUUUGCACUUUAGUGCUUUUUCAUUUGAAUAGGUUUGCCGAGGAAGACAGUGGAUCAAAUAUCCUAUUUGAUGAGAGAGAGGAAGGAAAAUUUAAGAGUAGUAAUGAAGCUCUUAUCAAGGCCUGUACCAUCCACAAGCUGAUUGAGAGACUUACCUACCAUGAGUAUGCAGAUCCAACACUUGUUCGUACUUUCCUUAUGACGUACCGUUCAUUUUGUUCUCCCACUAAACUCCUUGAUCUUCUAAUUGAGAGAUUUGAAAUACCUCUGCCUGAAGAGGCAACAGACUUAGACACCAAGAAAGAUCCACUUAUGAUGAAAGCUGUCAAGGUUUUCAAAUCUUACUACUUGUCUCCAAUCCAGCUCAGGGUGGUGAAUGUUCUGAGGCACUGGGUAGACUUCCACUACUAUGACUUUCAGAGGGACCAAGAGCUCCUUACACGACUGCACACAUUUAUAACAUCUGUGAAGGGCAAAAAGAUGCAAAAAUGGGUGGCCGCUCUAAACAGAGCACUAGACAAGAAGAGAGAUGAAAUCCCAUCUGCCACUAAACCUGUAUUCACCAAAAAGCCCUUGCCAGUGGAAUGGUGGUUGACACAGAAACCUGAAGAGUUCAACCUUUUGUCGUUACAUCCAAAAGAUAUUGCUCGGCAACUGACCUUGAUUAUGGCAGAGAAUUUUCAUGCAAUUCAUCCAUCUGAGUUAGUUGAUGCCUCCUGGAUGAAAGAGAAGAAGAAAGAAAUGGCCUCUCCAAAUUUACUGAAGCAUACCAGAUUUGAGACCAUGGUGUCACAUUGGCUGGCAAAAGAAAUCGUCUACACUGAAAAUUUUGAGGAGCGGGUGACCUUAGUUUCUCGUUUAAUUGACAUCAUGGCUGAGAUGAGAAGUCUCAACAAUUUUGCUGGAUUGUUUGCUGUUAAUGCUGCCUUCCAAUCUUCAUCUGUGUUUAGACUGACACAUACCCUGAAGGUAUGUCAAAACCCUAUUGUGACUUUAAAACAGAAGCUCUUGCAUGAAUUACUGCAAUGCUGUUAACUCUGCAAGUAUGUAUGAUCACUGGUAACACACAAAUAUGUAUAGGCAACAGAUGCGCUCUGUUUACUAGCCUAACUGAUGUCCUAGAAUCACCCAUUUUAC